AUGCAUCGUUUCUCUUAUCUUGUGUUUUUUUUUCCUGUAUGUGUUACAUCUUCCUCUGCAACUAAUAAAGUUGUAGAUGUCAGCACUAUUUGUAAGCCUGUCACAAAUCCUUCGUUUUGUUCAGCACUUCUCAAAUCAAAACAAGGUGCGGAUCUUGUUAGCCUUGCUCAAUACACCAUUGGUGUUGCUCGUAUCAACAUUACCAACACCAUCAAUCUAAUCAAGAAGUUAAUUGCACAGAGUGGUAAAGAUGUAGAAGCACACCGACAUUAUGAAACAUGUUUACUUCAUUUUGAUGUUAGAGAAGGUGCUAUGGCUGAUCUAGAGGAUAUUCAACAAUUAUUAAAGUCAGGAGAUUAUGAUUCUGCGUUUCAAAGUGCGCGUUCUAUCAGAAUAGAUAUUGAUGCUUGUAUUUCAGGGGAGUCACCAAGUGACCCUCCUUAUCCUGAUACUUCAUUGCUCCCAAAAUAUGCUGAUUCGGUUGACAAAGUUGCACAAAUUAUUGAAAGGAUAAUAGAUUUGAUAAAAGGUUUUUAA